AUGCGGCAGCUGGGCGCUGAGCCCGUCGCAUGGCCAGCUGCCGAUCCCCCUGAGCCGAGGCAGGCCGAUGCCGAAGCCGCCGCCUCCAGAGCUGCUGGGAAAUGGCCGGUUGCAGUGGACUUGGAAGCCUCGCCGGCUUCCAAGCGAAGCCGUCCGUCGGAGGCUUCGAGGGACGCCCUUGCGGUGGAGGACGAGGACGGACCUACCGAGGCCGUCACCAUCGCCUGCCCUUUGAAGACAGUGCAGUUCGUCAACCAUAUGAUCCUCGGCUCCCAAAUGGAGUUGCCGGAGAUUGACGUGCUGCCGAAGAAGCUCCUUCGGGAGCAGGCAGGACGUGCCUUCCGUGUUCAGGCUUCGGCGUCCAUGGACAUGUGGCUCUGCGUCAAGCGGGCUAUCACUGCUGCCGAACAGGAGAAAAAGGCCUAUGACGACGGCAGGGCCAAGGUGGCCGAAGUGGGCAAGGCACUCCAGGACCACGCCCAGCUGUUCAAGGAGAAAGAGGCUGCUGAACAGCAUGCUCUCGCUUCGGAAUCGAAGGCGGAGGAAAUGCGGGUGGCCUUGGAGGCAGCGCAGGCGGCAGCGCGGGAUGCCGAGGCCGCUUCGGAGGCGGUUCAAGACGCCCUGGAGGAGUCUGAGCGGACCAAGGCGGCGGAGAUCGAGGCUGCCGUUCGGUCAGCUGUCCAGGGAUACCGCUCAUCUGAAGAGUUCACUACCCUUCUAGAUGGGGAAGUGGGCUCGGAGAUGGCGGAUCUGAUGUACCGAUUCAAACGGUACAACCCUGGGCAAAAGCUGAACCUGAACUUCGCUGCCGAUCCUCCUCCCCUUCCGGAGGGAAUAACUGAGGAAAUGAUCGAGGAUUACGAAGGGGAGGACGCCGCCGAGGGACCUGGUUCUGCCGAGGCCACUGCUGGGGACGAAGCCACUGCCUGA